AGUUUAGACUGCUGGGAGGCAGGCAGGCAGGCAGGCAGGGAUUGAGGGAGGGACAGGUACCCUGGGAGGGAGAAGGAAAAGGAAGGGAGGGAGAAAGGAGGAAGAGGAGGAGGGGGAUGGCAGAUGAUGAUGAGUGAGAACGUGUUGAUGUCUACGGGUUCUUCUGUUCACUGCCUUUGCUUCCGUGUCACCUUUUCUCUCCCUCCUCGUCGUCUGCGUCAUUGUAGCAGUCUCGUUCCGAUCUGUGAUUUUCCCUGAUCUCCGAUCUGGUUCCGCUGAAUUGGUUUGCUCUCUUUCGCGAGUGUACAGUCUGUGUGAGUUCGAGUGUGACGAGAUUUUGGUGUGUCGUGCAAUCAGCGGCAGCGAGGGUUGGGCAAGGCAAAUUGUGGGAGGAGUGAAGGAGCGUUAUAUUGAGAAAACUGUCGUUUGCCUCCAGGCGAGGAAGGGUGAGGAUUUGUAGACGCAGCAGAAGCAGGAGGGCAGACAAGCAGUCGAGAGAAGUGUGGGUGUAACUAGGCGUUCAAAAUGUUCGCUCGGAUUUUCGGGAAACCGAAGGAGGAACCUUCGACGCUCAGCACGCUCGACAAACUAAAUGAGACUUUGGAGAUGCUCGAAAAGAAGGAAAAGGUCUUGCAGAAGAAAAUAGCUGUAGAGAUAGAAAAAGCUAGAGAUUACACUCGGGCGAAGAAUAAGAGGGCUGCGAUCCAGUGUUUGAAGAAGAAAAAGCUUUAUGAGGUCCAGGUGGAACAGCUUGGUAACUUUCAGUUGCGAAUUCACGAUCAGAUGAUCAUGCUGGAAGGGGCCAAGGCUACUACUGAAACUGUCGAUGCUCUAAGGAGUGGUGCAUCGGCUAUGAAAAAUAUGCAAAAAGCCACAAACAUAGACGAUGUCGAUAAGACUAUGGAUGAGAUCAACGAGCAGACUGAGAAUAUGAAGCAAAUUCAAGAAGCUUUAUCUACUCCAAUUGGAGCUGCUGCUGAUUUUGACGAUGAUGAGCUGGAGGCCGAGCUUGAGGAACUCGAAGGAGCCGAACUUGAGGAAGCAUUGUUGCAACCCGCGACUACCCCAGCAACGCAGUUACCAACUGUUCCUACUCAAAGUCGUCCUAUGUCAACACCUGCCCAGCGACAGCCUGCAAAAACCGAGGAUGAUGAGCUUGCAGCCCUACAAGCCGAGAUGGCUCUAUAGUGAGAUUCUAUUUGCUUAUCAAUGAAAUUCUUCGCGUUCACCCUUAGGCAGCGGUAAGCUUGUAUCAUUAUAGUGUUUGGACAAUCGGGAAUUCAAAGUUCCCGGGAGCCAUGUUAAUACCCCAUUCUAUCGCAAGCGUAGUAGUUUCCACUCAUCAUUGCUACUGGUAACCUGCGAUGUCCACCUGCGAGUCUUGUCCGGUCACUUGAUCUUGUGUGCCCCAGCCAAAGAGUAUCAAAGGCAGACCUAGUCGCUGAGGGUGGAGAUUGAUGGAGUAGGAACUUGAUACCUCUGAUCGACUUCAACUUGGGGUAUCUUGACUUUGACAAGACUCCUCUUCUUUCACCCAAUGAAGCUGUAGAGUAUUUGUGUAGCCAAGCAUGACGAUCUAAUUGUGAUCAGUGGUGUGCUGGAAUAGGAUGUUUGUGCUUUCUCUUUGAAAAGCAUUCGCAAAUUACUUGUGAUUGUAGCUUUUCCUUCUUCGAACCUAGUUGGUAAACCGUUUGAAUAAAACCACCUUUAGUCAGAAUAGGCGUCUUUGAUGGUAUAUAGUGAUACCCAGUUUUAUUUUUCUUCCUUGAUGAACAUAUGGAGUGUCUUAACUUGUCAAAUUGACUUAUUGUUGCCUCCCAUCUAUCCA